CCACAGUCGGAGACCAAUGGCAAGAAACGUUAUAAGGUUGUCACGAACCCCGUCCAGCCGUUCGUCAUGACGGAAGCACCGCACGCUGACUACGGAGAAUGCCUGAGCGACACGCCCUGCCUGAACCUAACGGACAAGUCCAAGUCCCAGGAAGUGGUGUGGAGAGCGAUAGACGCCUUCGAAAGUAAAAACGUUUCCCUCCAGGGCCUCUUCAACGUCCAGUGCUGCAGGGGGCUGACCAUCGACCUCCUCAACAAACUAGCGGCCGAUUUGGAGUUUGAGUUCACCCUGUACAUCGUCCAGGACGAGACGUACGGCCAGAAGUCGCACAACGGAACCUGGUCCGGUAUGAUGAGAGACCUGACCGACAACACGGCCCACUUCGCUGUCGCCGCCUUCUCCAUAACCAGUCAGCGAGAGCGGGAUAUCGACUUCACAUACCCUUAUUUUUUUUCAGGGUUCUCGAUCAUUUACUCUGACAGGACCAGGGAAACUAGCAUGUUGGCUUUCUUGGAGCCAUUUUCUACCAAAGUUUGGUUCGCCAUUCUCGUCUCAGCUCACAUCACGGCCGUGUGCAUGGCUCUCUUUGAGUGGAACUCUCCUUUCGGUUUGAACCCCUGGGGCCGGAAGCGGAACAAGAACUACUCUCUAGCUUCCGGUUUGACUAUGGUGUUUUCGGUGCUAUUUGGUCAUACGGUGAAAACGAAAUCGCCGAAAGCGUGGCCCUCUAAAGUGAUGCAGAAUUUCUGGGCAUUUGCCGCCAUAUUUAUAAUCGCCAGCUACACGGCUAACCUUGCUGCCUUCAUAGCCGGCAAACAUGCCGGGAUUAACUACAUCGAUAUACAAGACCAGCGGGUGAGUAUAAAUCCUUAA